AUGGACAAGGCCCCAGAGGCCGUGGCGCUCAGACUCAACCUGGAGGUGCUAGCGCUGCUCCGAGGGCUUCAGAAAAAAGGCACCGUGCCCAAGUUGGUGGUGAAAAACGGCCAGUUUGUAUGUAUCCGUUGGAAUCGCUUCUCGUCCAUGACUAACCCACAGCUGAUCAAAGUAGGCGAUCUGCUUGUCUACCCUUGUUCCUCGAGCAACGAGCUGCUCCGGUUCGAUAUCUACAAUGCUAGGGCCAACAGCGCCUACGACUUUGCCGGAACCGUCACGGAACGGCUCAAUGUGCUCACAGACCCUCGCCAGAUCAAGAACCACCAAAAGGCCCUGUCCAGCCGAAACUGCUGCUUCCAGAGAAGCCCUCCUUCGAGCACGCCCCACGGUCUCUACGCCGUAGACGCCAGGGGAGACGCUUCCACCAAGUUCCUUGCAUUGGUCGCUUUGGGCCCCACCACUAGACGAGAGGUCGAGACCCGCAUCAACGCCAACGGCCGGAUCUCCCCGGCCGAAAUGGACCGCUUAUUCCUGACUCACACCCAGAGCUAUAAUCUGUCCAUGCCCAGCUCCUCCUUCACCGAAACAGACACAUACCCAAGCGUCGCCUUGGGCCUCACAGACACAGACCAGCAUCACGACUACGUCAUCCUCAAGGACAAGGCAUACAAGGACUUGCGUCCGUGGCUGUGCCCGUUCACGCCCUAUGAGAGGGCCCUCGUCAUUGAAAAUGCCCACCACGCCUUGAGCAGACUAGGGUAUCUGGAUACCCAUCCGCUCCGGCGCCGCAUCACGGAGAAGCCGCUAGAGAAGGCUGAAGACAAGAAGCCUGCGGCCCUUGGCGGCGGUCUUCUCUCGGCAAAGCCUGGCUCUCCAUCUCCAAAGCGCUCUGCCUCUCCUAGAGUGGAGGAGAAGCGCAAGAGACCUCGCAACGACGAGUCUCCAUUGAAGCAUUCUGCCGAAUCGAGUAAGAAGUUUGUGGCCUCGCUGCUGCUGUCCUCGUCUUCGGAAGACGAGAGACACUCCAAGAAGGCCAAGAAGGAGGGCAAACGGUCCAACAGCUCCGGCAGCAACCAGAGCACCUUCAGCAACGCUACUUCUUACACCCUGCCCUCGCUGAUCAACGAGGAGCACAAUGACGACAACGACCACAGCGAAGAUGACAUGAAGCUCCUGAGCUUGCCCAGAGCUUCUCCUGCAUUGCCUUCCAAACCGGCCCCUACAAGCAACGACAAGCGCCAGCAGUACUACAAGCGAUUGGCGCUGAAUUUCUACUCAAAGUACCUGGAGUACAAGAACUUGCAUGAUAGUUUGCUCAAGGACCAGAGCGGCACUACGCAAGAGAAAAAGCGCCGUGUGAUGAAGUUGUUCGAAAUGCACAAUCUUCUCGCCGGUUGGAAGCGCAAGCUUUGGGACUAUUACAAUGAAAGCAAUAUGGCGCAAGGCAUUAUGCAUUUGUCUCGUCAUAAGAAGACGAAUAGCGGCUCUGGUGUCGUUCUGGCGCCGCUGACAGGCCAAUUGCAGAGUCAGGACCGGUUCCAGAGGUCAGGAACUGCUAGUCCACAGGUCAGCUACCCCGACCGCUUUGCUGGAAAGCAAAACGGAAAGCGUCCUGUUGAGCAGCGUUCCCCUCGGCCCAAGGUAGCGCUUGACUACUGA